AUAGCAGCGACCCGGAAGUGAAUUUAAUGUUUUCAUAGGAGAAAGCGUGUGGAGAAAAACUACUAAUUCACAAUGGCCAGUCUGGAGCAGUGGGUUAGUGACCAGCUUCAUGACAUCCUGGGUUUGAGUGACAGGUAUGUGGCUCAGUUCAUGAUCGGUCUGGUGAAGAAGUCCUCUGGACCUGAGGACUUUGUGGCUCGACUUCAGCAAACCGGAACCAUCGACAUUGAUCAGAGAAUCACUGCAUUCGCACAUGAGCUGUACAACAAGGCUCCCAAAAAACAUGUGGCUGAGAAACCCGCCCGAGCGAUCGAACGACAAGUCAUGGAGAUGGAACGAAAGAACAGAACGUAUACUCUUCUGGAGGACAGUGAGAGUGAUGGAGAGACAGCAAGAGAAAAGGGAAAAGAGAAGAAAAGCAAAGACAGAGACAAAGGAAAGAAGAGAAAACACCUCAGACAGAAACGAGAGGAAAGUCCAUCGUCCAGCGAAGAGGACAAAAAGAAUUCUAAGGUCAUGGAUGAGCCCAAAAAAUCUUCAAAAGAUGAUGAGGAGGAAGAAUGGGAGCGGGAAGAGAGAGAAAGACUCCAAGACCUGGAGGAGAGGGACGCCUUUGCUGAACGAGUGAAACUGAAGGACAAAGACAAGACAAGACACAUACUAGAGAGAAAUGACAAAAAGGCUUAUGAGGAAGCUCAAAAGAGACUGAAGAUGGCUGAAGAAGACCAAAGGAAAAUGCUUCCUGAGUUAAGGAAACAAUCACGUUGGCAGUACCUGUCCAAAAGAGAGCAAGAGAAGCUGGAAGAUCUCGAGGCUGAGAUUGUGGAUGAGGAAUACCUAUUCUCCACCGAGAACCUCACUGAGCGGGAAAAGAAAGAUCUAGAAUACAAACGGAAGGUUCGAGACCUGGCGCGAGACUACAAGAAGGCAGGAGCGAAAGAGAAAGAGGAGAGAAAGAACAGAUACUACAUGCCAGAGGAGAAAAGAAACAAGUCGAUUCCUCAAAGAGACAUGGACCUGGAGUUUGAGGAGACACCCAGAGAGGGAGGUGGGGAGCAGGGCCGCUGGGAGGAGGCGAGAGUGGCCACUGCAACCCUUCAGUUUGGGGCGAGAGAAGAGAGGGAGCGGCGAAUAAAGGAAGAGAAGGAGAAGUACCAGCUCAUUCUAGAGGAAGAGGAGAUGAUCAACUUUGUCAGCACGGCCAUUACCAUGAAGGGAACACUGUUAGAAAAGGAAAGUGAACCUCAGAUAUCAGAAGCUGAGAAACAGAAGCAGUCCAUCCAGGAGGUGAGACGCAGCCUGCCAAUCUUUCCUUACAGAGAAGACCUGCUCUCUGCCAUCAAAGACCACCAAAUCCUGGUGAUUGAGGGUGAGACCGGAUCCGGCAAGACCACCCAGAUCCCACAGUAUCUCCUGGAAGAUGGUUACACUAAUGGAGGAAUGAAGAUUGGCUGCACUCAGCCUCGAAGAGUGGCAGCUAUGUCAGUGGCAGCCAGAGUGGCACAGGAAAUGAAUGUCAAACUGGGAAAUGAGGUGGGCUACAGUAUCCGUUUUGAGGACUGUACAUCAGAGCGCACUGUUCUGAAAUACAUGACUGACGGCAUGUUGCUCAGGGAGUUUCUUACAGAGCCUGACCUUGCCAGCUACAGUGUAAUCAUCAUCGAUGAGGCCCAUGAGCGAACGUUACACACAGACAUUCUCUUCGGUCUGAUCAAAGACAUCGCCCGCUUCCGGCCCGACCUGAAGGUUCUGGUGGCCAGUGCCACUCUGGACACAGAGCGUUUCUCCUGCUUCUUUGACGAUGCGCCUGUGUUCAGGAUUCCGGGCCGCAGGUUCCCCGUGGACAUUUACUACACAAAGGCUCCGGAGGCCGACUAUCUGGAAGCAUGUGUUGUGUCGGUACUUCAGAUCCACGUCACUCAGCAACCUGGAGAUGUACUGGUCUUCCUCACAGGGCAGGAGGAGAUCGAAGCGUGCUGUGAGCUUCUACAGGAGCGAUGUAGGAGACUGGGCUCUAAGAUAUCGGAACUGAUUGUUCUGCCCAUCUAUGCCAACUUGCCUUCUGACAUGCAGGCAAAGAUCUUCAAUCCUACCCCACCAGGUGCCCGCAAAGUUGUGGUGGCCACUAACAUUGCAGAGACGUCUCUCACAAUUGAUGGCAUCAUCUAUGUGAUUGAUCCAGGCUUCUGCAAACAGAAGAGCUAUAAUGCACGAACAGGAAUGGAAUCUCUCAUAGUCACACCCUGUUCACGGGCAUCUGCCAAUCAGAGAGCAGGUCGUGCAGGAAGAGUGGCUGCUGGGAAAUGUUUUAGACUGUACACUGCAUGGGCCUUUAAACAUGAAAUGGAGGAGACCUCUGUACCGGAGAUCCAGAGAACAAAUCUGGGCAACGUGGUUCUGCUGCUUAAAAGUCUUGGCAUAAAUGACCUGAUUCAUUUUGACUUCAUGGAUCCUCCACCUCACGAAACACUGGUAUUGGCUCUGGAGCAGCUCUAUGCUUUGGGGGCCCUAAACCAUCUCGGCGAACUCACUAAGCUUGGUCGAAGAAUGGCUGAACUUCCUGUGGACCCCAUGCUGAGUAAAAUGAUUCUAGCAUCUGAACAUUAUAAGUGCUCUGAGGAAGUACUCACUAUCGCAGCCAUGCUGUCAGUCAACAACUCCAUCUUCUACCGACCAAAAGACAAAGUGGUUCAUGCUGACAACGCCCGAAUGAACUUUGUAGUGCCGGGAGGAGAUCACAUGGUGCUUCUCAAUGUAUACACACAGUGGGUAGAGAGUGGUUACUCCACUCAGUGGUGCUUUGAGAACUUCAUCCAGUUCCGCUCUAUGAAGAGAGCUCGAGAUGUUCGUGAGCAGUUGGAGGGGUUGAUGGACAGGAUCGAGGUGGAACUAUGCAGCGCCAAUGAGGACAGUGUACUCAUCCGCAAGGCGGUGACAGCAGGAUAUUUUUACCACACAGCGCGGCUGAGUAAAGGAGGUUACAAAACAGUGAAGCACCAGCAGACGGUUUACGUCCAUCCAAACAGUUCUCUGUUCGAGGAGCAGCCACGCUGGAUGAUCUACCACGAGCUGGUCUUCACCACCAAAGAAUUCAUGAGACAGGUGAUAGAGAUUGAAAGUGGGUGGCUGCUUGAAGUGGCUCCUCAUUAUUAUAAGAACAAAGAACUGGAGGACAGCAGCAGUAAGAAAAUGCCACGCAAACAGGGCAAGGCCCGUGAAGAGCUGGGCUGAUCCUGAGAUAAGAGAGACUGUUCCACUUACUCUUACACAGAGCUGACAGCUCAUAGAUUCUGUACAGACACAGACUGGAGAUCAGCAAUGUGAGAAACUCUGUCAGUAUCCAUUUGGAAUUCAACAGACUUUUUUUGUGUUUCUCCUAAAGUUGUUUUCAUGUGCUUCAAUAAGGAAAUAUAUUUCUGAAUACAAGUAUACAUGUGUUUUUAUUAUUAUUUAUAUACUGUUAUCUGAUCUCAGAAUCUAUGUAAACAGAUAUCACUGGAUGUCAAUCUAGAGCAAAGGGAGAGCUAUUGAAGAUCAUAAAAAGCUGUACAGUGUAAACACAAGAGAAGACAGUACAUUUAAAGGUGACAUCUUCAAUGAUAUAAAACAAAAUAUGUUCCAGAGGAAAUGCUUAUAUUCCAAAAUAGGGAAAUUACUCUGCACACUGACAAAGGCAAUGUUUAACCAGAGUUAUACCUUUUAAAAUGAAAAUCAAAAGAAAAUUAUUAAUAUGUUAAUAGUAUGGUUAUAUUGGCUUUAAAAGAGUGUUUGUAAUAAAUCUCUCCUACAUGCAAAUUAGAUACUUUUUAAAAAAUACUUUUACCACUAUAAAAGUGUAAUCCUGACCCUUGAAAAGUUCUUGUAUCAGAUGGCUUAAUAUAUAGCCAGAAGUCAAUGAUUAGUGAUAGUUUCCAGCGGUUUGUCAUUUUACCCUCAAGCUGCGUUUGCUGUGGAAGAGAAAGGAUGGCCUUGUGCUGAAAUUAGCUCUUCGUCAAUAAGUAGCUAAAAUAGAAGUAUUGAUCGUCAAUUGAAAUAAUGUUUCUUCUUUCACAAGAAAACAAUUCAAGUGAUCAAUUUAAUUUUUAUUACAGCGUUUACAAGGCUACUUGAUCCGUAAUAUGACUGGUGGUAAUACCACAUGUCUGAGCCACAAUGCAACUUUAUAUUGUGAAUUUGUAGGUGAAAUGGAUCAUGAAUGACAGCCUCAGUCACCAUUCACUUUCGCUGCAUCUUUUUUCAUACAAUUAAAGUGAAUAGUGUCUGAGGCUCUCAGGGUUAAAUGAUGUAGAGGAAUGUUCUGGUUUUAAUACAAGUUUAGCUCAAUCGACAGCAUUUGGGGCAUAAUGUUGAUUACCACAGAAUAAAUAUGAAUCGUCCCUCAUUUAAAAAAAAAAAAAAAAAAACUGUUACAGUAAAGCAACGGUUCUCAAAGUGUGGGUCUUGCCCUCUAGGUGGGCUGCAAUUUUUUUCUAGUUUCAAAGGGUGGCCUGACCAAAAAAAAAAAAAAAAAAUGGACACCCGCUGCAGUAAUGCACUUACGAUGGAAGUGAAUGGGGCCUGUCCAUAUAACGUUACAAUACACACCGUUUCAAAUGUGUAGCCACAAACAUUGUACACUGAAAGCCCUAAUAAGUUGAUUCUACUCAAUUGAUUGAGAAACUCGUUCCCUCAAUUGAAUGGAGAAAUGGCAUCUCCAAAACUUGUGUAAUUAAGUUCGUGUUCAUAUAGAAUGAACUAUUUAAGGUAAAUAGAUGCAAGUAGACUUAACUUAGAUUUACUAUUUAAAUGUUGUUGUUUCAACUCAAUUUUAAUUGAAUGGACUCCAAUUUAGAUCAUAAAAUAACAGCUUAAAUAAUGAUGAUUAUAACUGAUAGGUCAAUCAUAAACUUUCUCUAAAGUAGAGAUGUCAGAAUUAAUGCGUUAACGCAUGUGAUUAAUUAAAAAAGUUUAACGUGUAAAAAAUUUUAAAUCGCGAAUAACGCAUUUAACGUUAAUACAGCAUAAACACUGGUGUAAAGGGCGGAAUCUUUGUAAUGUAACCGCCCAGAGUCAUUACAAUGACACACACACCACAGCGCCAGAGCCCUUCUACCAACUGGAGCCUACAAGCUUAGCAUAAAAUAGCAUAAUGCGGCAGUCACAGACAUCUAGUUGGGCUGCGGAGGUUGUUAUCUCAGUAAUAAAAGAAUCUCUGUCAGUGCUUCCAUGUCAGUGACAAAAUGUUGGAGAAAGGACCUCUAUUUGAUGUACAAAACAAGCCCACAUGGGACUUGUGAUAGAAAUCAAGUAUUUUUCAGCCUAUGUAAGGCACGUUUUAAUUACCACAGAAGCACACCAAAUCUUAACUAUAACCAAAACGCAAGAGACGUUUUUGUUUGCAAGCGCUUUUCAUAUGGAGUUCAAAGCGGUGCACAAUGCUGGUGUUGCCGCCCUGACGUGAAUCAUGAACGCAGCUUCACGAUUGCUGUAGGAAAGCGGAUAGGAAUAGUCUACUGGCAGAUUAAUAUUGUGGCGGAUGACAGUUUGAGGGAUUUAAUGCCCAUUGCAAUUAAUAUGCAACCUAUGUGGGGAAUAGUUUUUUCAAUUGCUCAAACUCCGACUUAGACUCUGGGAAACAUUUAAUGUUACUUGAAUUGGUGAUAAUUUAGUGCAUUGUCUUUAUAUUGUUGAAGGCUUUGUUUGGGAAAAUGUUAAUAAAGCAUUGUAUUGCUACAUCUUGUUUUGUUUCCUUUCCUAAGAUGGAAAUAAAUUAAUUUUGACAAGAUGUAUAUAUAUAUAGUGUCAGAUUUCAGCACUAUUAAAAUCUGCGAUUAAUCGUGAUAAACGAUUAAAGAUUAUGCGAUUAAUCGCGAUUAAAAUCGACUGACUGCACUACUCCAAAGAAAUGCAUAUAUGCCUUCAGUUGCACAUGAACAAGGAGAACUGAGACAGUGUUAACAGGGUCCAGCUUGAACAAAGGGGAAUCAUGAUCAUCAUAAUCGUGACAUCACACGAUUUGCAACAUAAAUAAUACUACAAAAGAGCUAAUAUCUCUAUUAAUUAAUAGUAACAACUAUUUAAAUGUCCCCAAGUCUUCCCUUUGACCAAGGUAACAUAAUUAAAUAAUUAAAGCCCAAGGCAUUGUGGGUAUUACCUAUUGACUCAAUUUUGUACUCAAUAGUUUGAGUUAUUAAGACUUAAAAUCUUAAGUCUAUGGAUUUUUAAGAAAGAUAAGUUCAUGGAACUUAGUUAUUUGAGUUAUGAGCCCAAAACUUGACAUCUCAAGUAAUGUUUAAUAAAGACAACUUGUUUUUUCAACAUUUGGGUUCACAAUGAUUGUAGUGCGAUCACUUACUAGACUUAUCUUUGUAGUUAUAUCCAAUAUUACAACUUUGUUGACAUGAUGACGUUAUUUGGUAAAUGCCCAAAUGUAAAUCCCAGAUUUUAUAGCACUAAAAUCAUGUUAACAUAUAUAAUGUUUAUGUCUUGUGGCUAAAACCGUGUGUAUUGUAACGUUUAUGGACUGGCCCCAUUCACUUCCAUUGUAAGUGCCUGUGCCUUACUGUUACCGCAAUUUUUUUUUAAUAUAAACAAGGGAUGAGCCAACUUUUGUGGUAUUCAACAUCAUGCCACAAAUGCAGUAGAUUGAUCUUAACUUGUAUUGAACCUGAAAAUGCCCUUAAAGAUCACUUACUUAAAUGGCACUGAUACCUCCAAUACCGAAACCCUUGCAGUCAUCAUCCACCCACUUGUAUGAAAAAAUGUAUUCCAAGACUGAGAUCCAUGAUGAUAAACAAAAAGUCCCCUGUGUUAAGGUCUAGACAAAGCAAGCCUGUUUUCCCUUACAAAUUAGUUAUUUAUCUUAUGCAAAGUGAUAACUUUUGUAUCCAGAAGUGAUGUACAGGAACAAUCCCCUUGAAACAACCUGUGGUUGAAGCAUCUUGGUCAAGGGUUCUGUGAUGAUGGUCACCCAUUCAACUUCCCAGUUAACAGCCCAAAUCUUUAACCUCCACCCCUCUAUGUACAGUAUGUUUGCCCUCUAUGUUUUGACUUACACCUAGUCUAAAAACAGUCUGGAAAACUGAUCCACAGUGCAGUCGUGUGUAUUUUGCAUACAGUUUAUCCAAGCAAGACAUCUACAGAGGCUGCUCUUCUAUCCAUUUUCCCUUUAUCAAAGUACAUUUUUGAGUGAACUAUCACUUUAAUACAGUAUAAGGGAUCUGUAAUGGGAAUGAAAGGUAUGUGCAUGAUUAUGUGUAGUACAUUGUGCCUACAUAUAUACUGCAAAGUCACUAUCACUAGUAGGCAGAUAAAAUUUGCGUCCACAGGGAAAAUGCUUCCUUCUCCCUUAUCAGAUAACUACACGGAGUAAAUUUGAAUGUGUGUGUUCAUUGUGGAUAAUAGUAACCUGGUCACUGAGAUGUGUUAAACUUCCUUAUUAUUCCCACAUACACUACCGGUCAAAAGUUUUGAAACACUUACUCAUUCUUUUUUCUUUUCUUUUUUUCACAUUUUAGAAUAAUAGUAGUCAUCAAAACUAUUGAAUAACAUACAUGUAAAUGGAACUAUGGGAAUUAUGUUGUGACUAAACAAAAUCCAAAAAUAAAUCAAAACUAUAUUAUAUUUUAGCAUCUUCAAAGUAGUCACCCUUUGCUUAGAAUUUGCAGACAUGUACUCUUGAUAUUUUCUCAACCUUUUCAAUUUUUGUUUUAGAAUGAAAUAAAUUAAUAUGGUGGCACAAUUAUAUUUUUGUCUACAAAACUAAUUUCAAACAUUUAAGCAUGCACCUUCAGAUCAAAAGAUAUUUAAGAUCAUGAGAAACAUUUCAGUCGUGUUUCAAAUCUUUUGACCGGUAGUGUAAAUGCUGUAAAUGUCCAGUUAUAUGUUCUGGAGCGGAAAAAAACAAUUAUCAUGAUUUAUAUCUGUUAAUAAAUGGUUACUAAUCUGUAAUUAUGGACUUUGC